CGUCAACGAACAACUGUAGAGAGGUUGCACGCUGUGUGAGAGACAGUAAAGCCAAGAUGCUCGCCGUCACCUCCGCCCCGCGUAUAGACGCCAAGAAGCGCGCGGUGCUUGAUCGCCGCCGGCAAGAGUUCGUGACGACGAAAUGGCAGGCGGAAGCGUACCCUCACCGCAUGAACAUGUACCCCAUCCCGCCCCUCGACGACAUCACCCUCGAGCAGUUCGAAGAGUGGGCGAUCGCGCGGCUGAAGGUGCUGGCGGAGCUGGAAGCAUGUCAGUUCCGCAAUCGCACCGCGGACGAGACGGCCGAGUACAUGAAGCCCGUCUUGGACAAGCACCUGCGCUUGAGUCCGAAUUCCAGUCAGAGCAGCGAGGUGGAGGUGGAGAGGAAGAGGGACCACUACAGCCACUGGACGCUCAGGCUUGCAUUCAGCGCGACUGCAGACCUGAGGCAACGUUUUUCGCGACUGGAGGCACAACUGUUCAAGCUACGGCUGCGGCUGGACCGCGCAGAUGAGCGGAAGGCGUUCAUCGAAAGCUUGCCCAUGUCGUGGGAGGUGGUGACGGAAGAAGAGAAGAAGACGUGGCACAGUGAGCUGGUUGCUGCCACGGGGUUGAGAAGAGACGAGGAAGAGAGCUGGUUCAAGACAGAGUGGGAGCACGUGCCAGACCUGGUUGAGCGACGACAAUGUUUGCUCAAGAAGGGCAAGGCAUAUGUCCAUGUCCGCGAGCAACAAACCAUGGUCGUUAACGAGUUCGCGCGGCAGCUAGAACUCGGCCUGGAACAAGCAGCCCGCUUCCUGCCACGUAUGGAUGAGGACAACCGUCUCUCGCCCAUAUUGCAUCACCUCAGCCAGUCUUUCGUCGCCCCCGACGCAGGCUACACCGAAGCCAGCAGUAUCGGCGACAUCACCACACCCACAGCAGCAAGCAUCGACGGCCUAAGUCAGCACUUUCCCCUGUGCAUGCAGAACCUGCACCGCGAGCUACGCAAGAACAACCAUCUCAAGCAUUUCGGCCGCUUACAGUACACUUUAUUCUUGAAAGGCAUCGGAUUGAGCUUACAAGAAUGCAUCAUCUUCUGGCGCAAAAGCUUCAAGCUGAUCGCAGACGACAAAUUCAAAGCCGAAUACCUCUACAACAUCCGCCACGCCUACGGCGAAGUAGGCGGCGACGCCAACCGGCGCGGCCGCGGCUACACCCCGUACUCCUGCCAAAAACUGCUCACCGAGCCCGCCCCCGCCGCGGGCCAAACCCACGGCUGCCCCUACCGCACCUACGCGCCCGACAACCUCAUCACCCUCCUCCAGUCCUUCGGCGUGACGGACCGGGCAUUGCUGCAAGGGGUGCGAGAGGACGUGGGGAAGCAGAGGUAUCAUAUCGCGUGUAACCGUGUGUUUGAGCAUGCGCAUAAGGGGCCGAUUAAGAAGGUCAAGGAUGAGGCGUUGUGGCCGGCGAGUGAGCUGGACACGAUCUUGCAUCCGAAUGGGUAUUUCAAGCGGAGUUUUAUGUUGAAGAAUCUGGGGAGGGAGGGGGGUGGGGAGGUGAAGAUGGAGGGGUCGGGGGAGUGAGUGAUGGGGUGCUUGUUACUGUGUAAUGUAUUCGAUGUCGUGCGGAGCGAGGCGUGCGGCGUUUAUUGCAGGUAUGGAGGGAAAUGGAUGGCCGUCUGACAAGCCCGUGCUCGUAGGCUUCGACGAAAUAUCUUGAAACGCGUGUACUCGACCUCAUACAACAUUGAGCUACUGUGUGUCGGCAGUUAUGAUUGUUGCUUUGGGGUGGCGACGGAUGCU